CAAGCAAAUUGCAUCCAGAUGAUAAUUGAAGAAGGCGUAUCAACAACAAUGGUCGAGGAGACCGAUUCAAAAACAAUAAAUUUUCUUUAUAAAUACAAGAACUAUGACAACACCGAUAAGGAAAUCUCCGAAAGUGUUACAAUACCUUUCAAGGGAUGCCAAGAAGAAAUUGUUUCCCUGAUAAUGAAUAAAAUGGAUCCAAUGAUGCGUUACUUGGAUGCAGACAUUCCACUCAAUAAGGAAUUAUCAGAAUUUCUUGCAAUUGAAAAUCAAAAGUUCUACGACGAAAGAGAUGAAUUACUUUUGCAGAAAAUAUGCAACAACGAAAUCGAUGUAGAAACCAUCGUCAAAGACACCGAAAAGUUGUACAAGGAGGAACUAAUUCAAUUUGCCGAUCGAGUCGGACCGUCAGAUGAGGAAAUCUUUGCCCAGAGUUUUCACAGACUUUUUCGCCUUGACUCAUCUUCGCUCGAUGUGAUAUUGGCAAAGGAAAAGGAACACGCUAAGGCUAUCGCCGACAUGGUCAAUCAAAUGGACAAAGAAGUCGACACAUUAAAUGUUCGUCAACAGGAAGAAAUGGAAUCCAUAAUAAAUCAAUUGGACAUCUCAACGACAUCAGAAGAUGUCAACAAUCUUCUGGCACAACAAUAUGCCAUGCAGAACUACAUCCGUAAACGUUACGAGUCGGAGUUGGAGGCGAAACGGGGUCAUCAGAAGAACGAGUAUCGCGAAUGGAUUACCAGCCAAGUUAGUAAAAUUUUUCUACCCUCACCGCAGGCUUCAUUGCAGCUGGGAAAUCUUUCAUCAAUGUACAUCUCCCAAAUGCCCUCGAUGGAAGAAAGCUUUACGAUUCAUUUAGGUUCUCAGUUGAAGCACAUGCACAAUAUUCGUAUUUUGAGCGCUGAUGUUACUGAUCUUUGUAGUCCUCUUCAUUCUGACGAAAAUCUAAAUGGUCUCAACAUGGCGCUUGGUCUUUAUUCAAGUUCCCUGUGCGGAGUUGUAGUGCUGACUCCUUCGGUUCAGGCUGAGGCGAAUAAAAACAUCGUCAAAAACUCCAACAUGUCGACAGAGUUCCAUUUCGAUCAAAUCGACAAGCAAUUGGAACAAAUCGAGGCAGACGCAAAGGAACUGAAUGGUUCGAACUCCAGCAGUCCCACCAAAUCGAGUCUAAAGCUUAAAACAGGCGACUUUUUCAUCACAAGACACUCCAAUCUUUCCCAAUCUCAUGUCAUAUUUCAUUUGAUAUCUGAUGAACCUUUCAAUAGUCCGAGUGAGAUAAAUUCUAGACACCCAGUUAUACUGGGUUUGCGUAACAUUCUCAAAACUGCAAGUCGACAUGAUGUCACCACAUUAACCAUACCAGCAUUGCUGAGGCAUGAAAUGUCUGAGGAUAUGACGGUGCAAUGGUGCAUGCGAAGAGCUGAACUUGUAUUCAAGUGUGCUAAGGGAUUUAUGAUUGAAUCAGCUUCUUGGGGAGGAGCAGAACUCAGUACACUGCAACUUCUAUUACCACACGAUAUUUCUGAAGAACUAUUUACAACUCUUGCUGGAAUGGUGCCACACGUGUUUCGAGUAACGAAUCCAAAAAUUUUCGUCGAUGGUAAGUAAUAUUGAAUUACUAUCCAAGCAGUGCUAUUACCAUGUCAAAUAAAAAUGUAUUACAUUAUAAAAUUAUUUAAUUAAAAAUAAAUAUAUUGUUAAAUUAAAAA